UGCAGCCCUCUUGUUCGUGUGUUGACCAAACACUUUUCGCAUAUUUUUCCUUUUUCUCAAUUACAAAACAAAAAAACACGUAUUUAAAAUUGACUGUACGCUUGAGCUCCAUAUAGAUUGAGAGUUUUUGGUCAACGCACCUGUUCGUUUCAAGCGAAAAGUUUGAAACGCAGCGAUUAGAAAAUCACUUCCAUGAAGCGACAUCUACGCUAGAGGCAGAAACAGAAACGUGAAUGUGAAAGCCAGUCCGCGGCGGCAAACGGCAACAUCAAACACCCGACGACCAACAGUAACAGACCAGUGUAUAGGAAACUGCAACAAUUACGCUUACGUCCAUCAACCAGGUCCAGACCACACAGCCAGCACACAGCGCCUAUGCUGUAAGCAACUGGAAGAACUACUGAAUGUUCCCAUGGUUUGAUUGCAGCUCUUGAUUUGACACAUUAAUUGUUGUUUUGCAUCACACACAUACUACGUGUUCAUAGUUGUGUAAACAAUCGGAACGCACAGAAGCCAGCCAGCCAGCGCAUAGUACACGUCCGUAGCGAAGCUUUGGAAUAUAGAAAGCUGCUUGCUCUGCUCCUCCAGCUCGACAACAGGCCAGGCUCGACUCCAAUCCAGUCCACUGCACUCUCCAAGGCACAAGUCUAUCAAUUAAAGAUGGCCGCUGCCACUGCAACCGCCGGCAAUGCAGUGAACGACUGCUUCAACAUUGGAUCCACAGUAAUGUGCACGACCUGUUUCAACGAGGAGGUGGAGGGCGAGGUGCUCGCCUUCGAUCAUAACACAAAGAUGCUUAUCCUGAAAUGCCGAUCAAAGACAACCGAGGAGCUGAGUGAUAUCUAUGCGUUGAAUCUUUCGCUGUGCAGCAACGUGCAGGUGAUCAAGGAGUGCAACGGGAACUUUGUCGAUGAUCCGCAAAAGUUAAAUCUGGAACAGGUCAAAAUGCGCCUCAGGAAAACAGUGGAACGUCGCCAGGACUAUCUGAAGUCGCAGAAUGCCGACGUGAGCUCAGAAGCACAGGAACUUUAUCGAGCGAUAGCCAAACAAUACGGGUACAAUGAAGUAUCCUGGCAGGGACUGAACAUACAGAUCCUUAACGAAGUCACCAUCUCCCCACCAUAUCGUGUGGACAACGUGGUAUCGAGUUCAAACAACGAAACCUCGUGCAACUACAUUAAGCGCAUCAUCAAACAGUUCUUCAACUCCAGACUCUCGGGGGCACAGGACAGUGCUUCCAAUGCUGCGGCCAGCACUUCGUCAGCGUCGGUCUCCCCAACAUCCUCAUCUCUGUCAUCGAGUAAUGCUGCUUCUGGGUCGCCGGUCCCCGCUAACUAAGAAUAAAAAA